AGCUCUACGUCACAGCGCAAAAAUGGCGGCACCUCUGCUGCGAGUGCUGGAGCGAACCGAAAUAACCAAACUACCCAAAGCAGUUCAAAAUAAACUCGAGAAGUUUCUUUCUGAUCAACAAUAUGAGAUCGACUCAUUGAAGUCCCACCAGGAGCAGUUCCGCGUUGAUAGUGAACAACAGUUCUUCGAUAAAACGAAACGCCUGGAACAAUGUCAGGAGGAGUUUCUGAACCAGAGCCAAGAGAACCAGAAGCUGAGAGAGGACGCCUCGAGGCUCGAUGUGGAGCUCAAAGGUCUCCGUGAGAAGAACAAGGAGUAUGAUGCCGCUCAGCAGAAGUCUUCUGAGGAGCAGGUUUCUCUUUUAAAAUCAAAAGAAGACCUGGAGGCAGAGAAGCGCGAUCUGGUGCGGUCGUUGGAGCGGAGGUCCCUGGACAUGGAGAACUUCAACGAUGACGUGCGGCAGCUCAAUGAGAAGUUGGCGGAAGCCAGUAGCUCCAAAAUGGGUCUGCAGAUCAAACUGGACGAGCUUGAAGCUGCAGAGGUCAACAUCAAGUACCGGGAGAAGCGUAUGGAGCAGGAGAAGGAGCUGCUUCAGGCCCAGACAACAUGGCUGAAUGAUGAACUCAAGGCCAAGAGUGAGGAGCUGCUGUCCCUCUCACGACAGAAGGGCAAUGAGGUCCUGGAACUCAAAUGUAGCCUGGAAAACAAAGAGGACGAGCUGACCCGAAUCCAAGACCAAGCAGUCAGUUUGAAGGCUUCUAAUGAACAAUACCAGAAACAGGUUGAAGACUUCAUCAACAAACUGAAAGAAGUCAAGGAGCAACAAGCCAGCAUUGAAGAAAAGUUCAGGAAUGAACUUAAUGCCAACAUAAAGCUGUCCAACUUAUACAAGGGGGCGGCAGCAGACGCUGAGACCAAGAGUGAAGAGCUGAGCGGUGCCGUGGAGGAGCUGCACAAGCUGCUGAAGGAGGCUGGGGAAGCAAACCAAGCCCAGGAGCAGAAGCUCCAGGAGAUGAACGAGGCCAGGGACGUGGCGGUGGCGGAGCUUCAGCAGAGGAUCCAGAGCCUGGAGAAGGAGCUGGACAACGCCAACGAAUUGCUGUCAGACUCCAAACAGCGAGGUCCUCUGGGUUCUUCCUCGCUGCUCUCAGAGCAGAUCACCACCAUGUCUCCAACAGCGGCGGCUGUAGCCAAGAUCAGACCUGGCAUGAAGCUGACGGAGUUGUACACGGCCUUCGUGGAGAGUCAGGAGCACCUUCAGCUGGAGCGGCUGGAGAACAAGCGGGUGAACACGUACCUGGACGACAUCGUGCAGGAGGUGGAGGCCAAGGCCCCGGUGCUGAAGAGGCAGAGGGACGAGCACGAGCGCAUGCAGCACUCUGUGGCCAGCCUGUCAGCCAAGCUGGAGCAGGCGGUCAAGGAGGUGCAGCGGCUGCAGAAGGAGGCUGACGAGGCCAACAAGAGGUCCUCUAUGCUGGAGCGGGAAAACCAGCGCUUUGAACUGCAGCUGGCCGACACUGCCCAUCAGGUGCGUGUGCUGCUUGUGGAGCUGGAGGAGGCGCGGGGGAACAACGUGCUGCAGGAGGACGACGUGAACUCGGCGGAUAUCAGCAGCACCUCGGAGGUCAUCAGCCAGCACCUGGUGACCUUCCGCAGCGUGGAGGAGCUGCAGCAGCAGAACCAGCGCCUCCUGCUGGCCCUCCGGGAGCUGGGCGACUCCCAGGAGCAGGAGGAGUUUGAAGCCGUCGGCAUCAGGCGUGGGGAGCUGGCCCAGAGCCUGGAGAAGGCCCAGGGCGAGCUGGAGGUGCUGAAGGAGCAGCGCACUCAGCAGAUGCAGCUGACGGAGUCCAUCGUGAGGCAGAGGGACAUGUACCGUGUGCUCCUGGCUCAGGCCACCGGGGUCAGCUUCCCCCAGCAAGGGCCGCCGUCCGAAGAGGUCUCUCUGACUUCUACCCCCCGACGCUCCCCGGCCACCACGCCCACCGCAGCCACCCCCACUGCUCUGGUCUCCAUGGCAACAGACUCCACGGAGGCAGUGGAGGCCAAGGCUGCUUUGCGUCAGUGGCAGGAGAUGUUCGCUACCUACAAGAAGGAGCGUGUGGAGAAUGACAAGGUGCUCACCCAGCACUCUGACAAGCUACAGGAGCAGCUCUCUGACCUCCGCUCACAGAACGCCAAGGUCUCCACUCAGCUGGAGUUUGCCUCUAAAAGAUACGAGAUGCUCCAGGACAACGUGGAGGGCUACAGGAAAGAGAUCGCCUCCCUCAGAGCCAAGGAGCAGAAGAUAGCUGCAGCCGCUCAGAAGAGCGAGUUGACGGUCCACUCCAUGAGCCAGGAGCUGAAGGGAGCUCAGGAGAAGCUCAGCCUGGCCGAGGGUCGUGCGGAGAACCUGCGCAAGGAGAGGGACAUGCUGAGGCUGGUGGAGUCCAAGCUGGCUCAGGAGAAGGAGUCGGCUGUGGGCCAGCAGCGUAGCCAGACCCACCUGCUGACCAACCUGCAGGCCAUCCAGGCCACUCUAGAGCGCUCGGAGUCUGACAGCCGCCAGCGUCUGAACAACCAGCUGGAGAAGCAGGAGAGGGAGAUCUCCCAGCUGCAGAAGAGACUGGAGCAAGAGGUGGAACAGCGUCACCUGCACGGCAGAAACCAAGAGAUCCAGCUGAUGGAGGCCAAGAGGCAGCUGGAGCAGCAGGCAGCCCAGCAGCAGAAGACCAGGGAGCAGCUGAAGGCCGCCCAGCAGGAGGUCAACGGCCUCCGGAUGCAGCAGGGCAGCAGCGGCAGCCUGCCUCUCAGCUCCCCGUCCAACAUGUCCUUCAGAGCCUUCCACGGCUUGGAGCCGGAGGGCGAGGAGCUGCGGGGCCGUCUGCGGCAGGCCGAGGGCCGGGCUGAGGAGCUGGCCGUGAGCCUGCGGGCUGCCAGCUGCAGCGUGGAGCGAUACCGGACCAUGGCCCAGAGCCUGGAGGAGUCCCUGGACCAGGAGAAGCAGGUGACGGAGCAGGUGCGCUGCUCCACCGAGGCUCGCAUCACGGAGGCGGAGACGCAGCGGCAGCAGCUGCAGCAGAAGCUGGAGCAGGCGGAGAAGGAGACGCUGGAGGCUGCGGAGGAGAAGCUGAGAGCCCUGAGCUCUCUGGAGGAGCAGAUGAACGAGCUGAGGAGCCAUCUGAGCAGUGCCCGGGCUGACCACCAGGAGGCGCUGCAGCGGGUGGCGGAGGCAGCAGCCCAGCAUCAGCAGGCCCUGCUGGACGGCCAGGAACAGGCCCGGCUGGUGGCCGAGGCGCAGGAUAAGUACGAGCGGGAGAUGAUGCUGCACGCGGCGGACGUGGAGGCCCUGCAGGGGGCCAAGGCGGCCGGCCUGCAGGCCUCCGCGCUCCGCAGCCAGCUGGAGGAGCGGUCCCAGAGGGUGGGCGCCCAGCUGCUGGAGGCCAGGGUCUCCUGGGAGGAGCAGGAGACCAUCCUGAAGGAGGAGCUGUCCAAGGCGGAGCAGCACUCUGCGGAGCUGCAGCGGCAGAACACGCUGCUCCACCAGCAGGUCCAGGCCCUGAGCAGCACCAUGGCCGCCAGCCUGCAGCGCACCCCCAGCGAGGGCCCGCUCUGCGGGGCCUUGGCAGAGGAGGACCGGUCCCAGGACCAGGUCCUGGAGAUCCUCCGAUUUGUGCGUCGGGAGAAGGAGAUAGCGGAGUCUCGCUUCGAGGUGGCCCAGGGGGAGAGCCUGAGGCACCGGCUGAGGGUGGAGCACCUGGAGCGCGAGCUGAAGGAGGCGCAGGACACGCUGAACUCCGAGAGGGAGAGGAUGAAGGUCACCGCCAAGACUCUGGACCAACAUAACGAGCUGAUGAAGAAGACGGAGACGAUGAGCGUCCUGAUGGAGUCCAACAAGCUGCUCAGAGAGGACAGGGACCGGAUGCAGCAGGAGCUGGAGCAGAACCAGGCUAAGUUGCAGAAGCUGCAGUCGGACGUCAUGCCCGUACAGCAGGCCAACUCGGAGCUGAGUGAGAAGACGGGCAUGCUGCAGGCUGAGAAGAAGAUCCUGGAAGAGGAGAUCAAACGCUGGAAGAACCGUACCCAGCACCUGGUGAGCCAGCAGAAGGACGCAGACCCAGAGGAGUACAAGCGGCUGCUCGCCGAGAAGGACUCGCACCUCAAACGCAUCCAGCUGCUCGCCGACGACAACGGCAAACUCAAAGCAGAGGUGACCAGGGCGGGGACAACGGUCAACAGCCUGCAGAGAGACCUGGCGCAGAGACUACAGGAGCUGGAGGGCAGGACGAGCACCAUCAACCAGGUGAAGAAGAUCGGACGGCGCUACAAGACCCAGUACGAAGACCUCAAGGCCGAGCACGACAAGAUGGUGGCGGAGGCCGCAGCCAGACCCCAGGCCCCGUCCCAGGAGGGCCUCCAGUCCCAGGAGGGCCAGGCCUCUCAGCAGGAGCUGGAGGGGCUCGCAGAGUCCCUGCGGCAGGCUGACGAUCGGACCAAGGAGCUGGAGGCCCAGCUGGACCACCUGAAGAAGACGGUGGGCGAGCGGGAGGCGGAGGUGCGUGGCGCCCAGGAGCAGGCCUCCAGGACGCAGGCGGAGCUGGGCCGGCUGAGGCAGGAGCUGCAGGACAAGGCCUCCCAGGAGGACACGCUCCGCCAGCAGAUGGCCGACAAGGAGGAGAAGACCAGGAAGGCCUUCGUCGGCGCCAAGCAGAAGAUCCACCAGCUCAUGGCCGCCAAGGACGCGCUGCAGAAGGAGAAGGAGCAGCAGCGGGAGGAGCAGGAGGUCCGCGUCAGCGCCCUGAAGUCGCAGUACGAGGGCCGGCUGAACCGCCAGGACAGGGAGCUGCGGGAACUCCGGGGGCAGCAGGAGAGACAGGAGCAGCGCGACGAGCCCCAGGAGGCCGGCCCCAGCAAGACCCAGGAGCAGCAGCGGAGCGCUGAGCUGAGACAGAUCACCAUGAAGCCCAGCCCGACCGAUGUCAGGGGCAGUGCCAGCACCUCGGAGCCGCCGACCGCCAACAUUAAGCCCACCCCGCUGGUGGCCACGUCCGGCAAGCAGCCGGCCAACCCGGGCAACAAGCCCACCCCCCGGGCCAGCAUCAGGCCCAUGAUCACCCCGCCCACGCCCACCCCCACGGCCACCGUCAUGCCCACCACCCAGGUGGAGAACCAGGAAGCCAUGCAGGCCAGCGACGGCCCCCCGGUGGAGCACGUGACGGUGUACGGCAGCGCCAGCGGCUCGGUGCGCUCCACCAGCCCCAACGUGCAGGCCUCCCUGGGGGGCCCCGCCCUGGGGGGGCCCGCCCUGGGGGGCCCCGCCCUGGGCUGCCAGCAGACCCAGACCCAGGCCACCGCCUUCGUCCAGCCCACCCAGCAGCAGAGCCAGGCCCCCCCGGAGCUGGCCAGCCAGGACCCCCCGCCCCCCCUGCUGGUGGAGGCCCCCAGCGCGCAGACGGACAGACCCUCCACCUCCUCGGCCGUGUUCGGCACCGUGUCGGCCUCCGCCGGGCCCUCCUCCAUGUCCAAGAGACCCCGCGACGAGGAGCCGGAGAGCAGCAUGGUGACGGAGACGGACUCCCCUCAGGAGGACCCCGCCGAGCCCCCCAUGCCCAAGAGGCUCCGCAUCGUCCAGCGGGUCGGCCCCGAGGAGGAGGUUCUGAAUGAGGACAGCACUGAGACCGAGGGAGUGGUCCCCACCCACCCCCAGGGCGGCCCGGACAGCAGCCAGGACGAGGAGUUUGCGGCGCUGGAGGCGGGCGAGGAGGAGGGGGGCGCCCAGGCGGUACCGGGGGAGCCGGAGACGAGCGAGACCCCCGACCAGCCCCAGCACGACGUCAUCGUCAUAGAAACGGACUCGGAGGAGGAGGAGGAAGAAGAGGAGGAGGAGGAGGAGGAAGAGGACCAGGACUAUGACGAAGAAGAGGAAGAUGAUGAGGAGGAGGAGGACGAGGAAGAGGAGGAAGAUGGCGGUAUGGGGGAGGAGGGCGAGGACAGCAACGAAGGCAGCGGAGACGCCAACGACGGCUAUGAGGGAGACGACCCCGAGGGAGCAGACGUGACGGACCCCGGCACGGAGACGGAGGAGAGCCUGGGGCCGUCAGAGCAGAGGCCGGCGGACACACCCAGCUUUGAGAGCAGCACAAUGGAGGCCUUCUCCACAGAGCCCCCCAUCCCGACCGCACGCAUGCCCCAGUCACCAAGGAGACCGCCGCACCAGCUGCCCUCUCGCCCCAACAUCCAGACGCCCUCCUCCCAGGAGCCCGGGUCCCAGCGGAACCCCGUCCGUCUGCAGUCGAUGGGCCGCGUGUCCCAGAACCCCCCUGGGACGGCUGCCGGUGCUCAGCUGUUCUACGAGGACGACGACCGGACGGUGCCCACCCCCACGCUGGCCGUGUCCCACCACACCGACGGCGCCGACCAGCCCACCCACUCCCCCCAGGUGAUCGGCGUGCACCACUUCAGGGCGGGGCCCCCGGACGACCUGCCGCAGACAAGCUCCUCCCACUCGGACCUGGGAGGGCUGGGCUCACAAGGAGGCCUGGGGAUGUAUGACGGCCCUCUCUUCCUAUCGACCCAUGAAGAAGAGUCUGGCGGGCGCAGUGUCCCCACCACAGCGCUCCCAGUGGCCGCUGCAGUCACGCUGUUCUCAGAGGGGUCGUCUGAAGCGCUGGACAACGCCUCCCAGUCGGUUCCCAUGGUGACCACAUCCACCGGUGACGACCGGGACGACGUCAUCCUGGAGCCUGACGCAGACAGCCGACCCAGCGGCGAGGCGUCUCUGGACUCGGUGGUGUCCCAGGGAGAGGCAGAGGAGCCGGGCCAGCAGGCGGACGAGGCCAGCCUCCCGUCCACCAGCCAGGAGCCGGCCUCCAGCUCCACCCUGGGCUCCAGAGCAGAUACGAGCAGCGGCCGGCCGUCCAGGCCGCCGGCCGGCCGGCAGCUCCAGCGCUGGUCGGAGAACCGAGGAGGUCGCAUGAAGAGAGGCCACCCCUUCCCCUCUCGAGGAGCAGGAGCCAGACGCUUCGCCCGCUGAAGCUCCUACAACGCUCCAACGCGUCACAGUCAAGCUGCAUUUUAGUGUUUAGAUAAUGUUCCAUUUAAUUAUGUUGUCCUUUUUAUGUACUUCCAAGUGCUUCUGUAGCUGCACUCCAAGCAGGUUUCUUAAGUAAUAAACAGUUUGUUGAA